UCGUCUCAGUGCAGUUCUGUUGUCUCUCCUGUAGGGGUCAUCAUGGGGGAGUGGUCCUUCCUCUCCAGUUUGUUGGACAAGGUGCAGUCCCACUCCACUGGGUUUGGGAAGGUCUGGAUGAGCAUCUUGUUCCUCUUCAGGAUAUUCAUCCUGGUCGCAGGCAUCGAUAAAAUCUGGGGAGACGAACAGUCCAACAUGCAGUGUAACAUCAAAACGCCCGGCUGCGUGACCGUCUGCUACGACCACACCUUUCCUCUGUCCCACACGAGGUUCUGGGUCCUGCAGAUCCUCACCGUGUCCACACCAACACUCAUAUACCUGGGACACGUCCUGCUGGUGAUGCGCCGGGAAAACAAGAUGAGGAAACGCCUCCAGCUGAAGAGUGAAACAAACCUGAUGAACAAAGUUCCUCAGUAUUCAGAUGAAAGAGGCAAAGUGAAGCUGAAGGGCGUCUUGUUAGUCAGCUACGUGCUGCAGCUGGUCUUCAAGACCCUGUUUGAAGUCUCCUUCAUUGUGGGCCAGUACUACCUGUACGGCUUCAUCCUCAUGCCCAACGACAUCACGUGUUCUGAGAAACAAAAACCCUGCAAGGGAGAAGUCCACUGCUACAUCAGCCGUCCCACCGAGAARACCGUCUUCAUCAUCUUCAUGCUGGUUGUGGCGGUCUUCUCUGUGGUCCUCAACAUCGUGGAGAUGCUGCACCUGUUCUUCUCCAGGGUGGGGCACAGGAAGAGGAGGGGCAGCGGCUCCGCUCCACAACAGGUCGUUAACCAAUCAGAGCUCAGCUCAGCGAGGACAGGGCCCUGAGGAGUGGGAGCUCUGACUUCAAAAGUUCAUUUCUCAUCAAAGCUGAGGAGAAUCAACCACCUGGACUGGACCUGACCGUCCACAGCAGCUGUGACAUCAUCAUGUGACGGUUCUGAUCCCACGUACUGACAGAAAAACAUGGAUUUUUAUACGCAUUUCAAUGAUCAGAUGCUCUUUUUUUAAAGUUAUGCUGUGGUCUCUCUUUUUGUGACUUCAUGUUUUCAAACAUUAACAUUUUUAUUUUCUAUAAAAACCACUAACCAAUGAUUUACUUCCUUUCAAACCAGGCGUUGAAGCAGUGAAACRGUUUUACCUGAGCUUCAGCCUCAAAUGGACCAGGACUGUAGAAAACCAGGGACAGGUUCACAUU